UAGGUGCUUCCUUUCACGGAUCGCGGGCACCACUACUUACCAAUACAGUUUUUGUAAGUGCGGAGGCCGGGGUCCGUAGUAACUUUCUCAUGCCAGUGGUGCGCUGGUACAUAAACCCCGUCUUUCUGGGUUUCUCAUUCUCAUCUGACACAUAACUCUCCCAGAAUACAUAACUCUAGUUCAGAAUAUGGACACUGCCCUCUUGCUACGCAGUUUCGGCCUAGCCAGUGUAUUCCUCCUCGCCUGGCAGCUGCGAAGGGCUAUCACCACUGGAUCGAAACUGAAAGACAUACCUACUGUCGGGCCGUCUGGAAUUAUCGCGUCUUGGUUAGGUGCCUUUAAAUUUAUCUUCCAUGCUCGGGAAAUCAUUCAAGAGGGCCAUAGAACGUACUACGGAGGUGCGUUCAAAGUGCCGUUGUUCGACAAGUGGAUGGUAGUUGUGAGUGGUGCUGAGAAGAUCGACGAUAUCCGAAAGGCUUCACGCGAGCAAUUGUCUUCCGUAGACGCGGCCCAAGACCUGUUCCAAAUGGAUUAUACGAUUGGCUACAGUUUCACGGUGGAUCCCUACCAUUCAGAUGUUGUCCGAAGCUCUUUGACUCGUAAUAUUGCUGCAUGCUUUGCGGAUGUUCAAGAUGAAAUUAAAGCGGCAUUCAAAGAUAAUGUACCUAUCACUGAAGACUGGGUCGAAGUCCCUGCGUACAAAACGAUCUUGCAAAUUGUAUGCCGAGCGAGCAACCGAAUGUUUGUUGGGCUACCUCUCUGUCGCAACCCCGAUUACAUUAAGCUCAAUAUCGAUUUCACUAUGAACGUAGUGGCCUGUGCUCAUAUUAUCAACCUUUUCCCUUCGAUCCUAGCGCCAAUUGUAGGAUCCAUCGUCACACCUCGCAGACGUGCUAUGACCCAGAUGGAAAACUUUCUUGGUGCCGACAUACGAGAACGGCUACACCAGGACGACGUAAAUGGAAAAGACUGGCCGGGAAAACCAAAUGACCUCCUCUCGUGGCUUAUUGACGGAACCAAUGGCGACAGCGAGAGGCGUACAGUAUCAGAUUUGAUUGUUCGAAUGCUUGGCAUGAACUUUGCGGCUAUCCAUACCACGUCUAUGUCCUUUACCACUGGUCUCUUCGCGUUGGCUGCGCACCCGGAACAUGUCCAGAUCCUCCGGAGUGAGGUAGAAACGAUUAUCGCAGAAGAAGGCUGGUCUAAGGCUGCAAUGGGAAAGAUGAACCUGCUCGACAGUUUCUUGAAGGAAGCCAUGAGGGUCUACGGUAAUUUUGCUGUCUUCGGUAUGGUUCGUUUAGCCAAGAAAGAUUUUGUAUUCUCGGAUGGAACAAUUGUUCCCGCUGGCCAUCAAAUUUCUGUCGCUGCUUAUUCCACACAUAUGUACGAGGAGAACUACGAAGACCCACUAGAAUUCAAGCCUUGGAGGUUUUCUGAUAUGAGGAAGAAGGAGGGAGAGGGCAUUCGUCAUCAGAUGGUGACGACUAGCUUAGAUUACCUUCUCUUCGGCAACGGACGCCCAGCAUGCCCGGGACGCUUUUUCGCGGUCAACGAGUUGAAGGCCCUGAUGACUUACGUUCUUUUGAAUUUUGACGUAAAGAUGGAUAAGGUUCCAGAGAGCAAAUGGUUCCUCGCGGACCGGAUCCCUCAGAACAGCAAUGUUUUGUUCAAGAAACGCGCGACCUCGUCAUGAAGGCGGGUAUGUGUAUGGGCUAGAGUUUUGUGCAUCCAAGUAGUGAUGCUUGAUUAAUCUUGUUUGAAUAAUAUGCUGUUUGG